GGCGCUUUGAGUUGAGCUUUGCUUCUUUGCACAUAACUCUUUGGUACAAAUUGGAGUUGGCAGACAAACGUCUCCCUGCAGCAAAAAAACUGCCAUCGCUGUUUUCCGUACAUGCAGCUCAAAGCCAGACCGAUUAGCGAUGACCACACUCUCCACUUCCCCAUAAAUCCCUGCAUCUAUCCCGCCCUACCCCGGUCAAAUCUGUGCCACACAGACGUCAUCGCGAGGGAGGUGUGGGCCGGUAAAACGUCCCAUCUCGUGUGGGAAACAGGUUGAAGCUCCUGUGGCGCCGAAAAGCAUCAUCUCGCCAUCAUCUUGUACAUCCAUCCUGGAAAAAACACACACCCUUGACACUGUUGGAUUGAGAAACCUUUCUACUUGUCAGUGAACUACGCAGAUUGAGCCUUAUCAUCCUCGUAUUCCCAAUUUACCGCAGCUUUUGUAUUCUAUUCAUCAGCUUCUAGACUACAACGCAAAUAUGGCUGGAUUCAUACAAAACAUCAUCUGGAACUCGGUCGAAGGGUUCGUCGAAGCCGGGAAGCGGUCUGCCGGCGAAUAUGCAGGCAACGCGCUGAUAAAAGUCGGUGACGUUGUGGAGAAUACGGGACGGAGUGUAGGCACAGGCAUCGAGCGCAAAGCUACAUCCUAUGGCUCUUCGCUCUCGGGCCAAACCUACCAAGCUGCCCCGAAAGCGCUGCCCUCCACGGCCCGCAAGCCGGCUGUCAAGCGCUCGAAUUCGCUGCCUGCGUCGAGUAAACCGAUGGCGGGUGUGAAGAGUAUUGGCCCGACGUCCAAGACGCCGAUUGGAGCGAACAAGUAUCCUGGGGCUAAUCAGGUCAAUGGUGCGACGAAGAGGGUUACGAAUGGAGUGGGUGGAGCGAAGAGUGCCGUUGGAGGUGUGACUGGCGGCGUUGUGGGAGGCGCGCAGAAGAGCAUUGGAGGCGUGACUGGCGUAACGAAUGGCGCCACGAAGACCGUAGGAGGCGUAACAAACGGAGCUUCAAAGACUCUCGGGGGCGUUACAAAUGGAGCCUCGAAGACCCUCGGAGGCGUAACAAACGGCCUCUACAGCGGCGCCCAAAAGCCCCUCGGGGCCCUCCCCAAACCCUACCCCAACAGCACCCCAGCAAAAUCCACAAGGUCCGCCAGCCUCCCUCGACCAUACCCCAACGUCUCAUCCGCCUUUCCCUCCGCAGCGAAGAACACGGUCGUCAAGCCCGGCCAGCCGAAGCCCUUCCAGGCGCCGGCAACGAAGCAACCCGAUGCGGCUACGCCGUACCCGGGGACGAAUACACUGCCUGGCCAGGCGAGUAAGACGCCUGUCAAGCCAAGAUAUACGCCUGCACCGCGGUUGGGGUCGCAGGUUAAGCCGGGACAGAAGAUGAACCAUAUUGCUGUUUGA